GGAUCGUAGCUGAUGUUACUAUUAUCCCCCGUGGGGCUGAGCAGGGUGUGCUGCAUGAGUGUGUGAUGCUUUUCGCCAAGUGAGUGCCGAAACCUUGCCGUCGAAUCUGGGUCAGGAAGAAGAGCUUCUCCCCAAUGGGCAACACCAGCUUCAGCGAGGGGAAGACGGCCUUAACCCUGGGCAACACCACCAUAAAGAGGGGAAAGAGCAAGCUGGCCAUGGGGAACUCCUCCAUCUCCAGGGGCAGGAGCACAACAUCUCUGGGCUCCUCCACCAUAACCAGCGGGAAGACCAAGAUCUCCCUGGGUGGUGCCUCCUUCAGCAGAGGAUCUACCACCACCUCUUUUCGGAAAGCCUUUUUCCCCAAACGCAAGACGCUUUAGAUGAGAGGGGACCUCAUCGAGGGGUGGGGGGACUGGUAAAAAAUGUCACAAGAAAACGGCACCAUGACAGGGAACAUAUGGACAUCACUACUGCAUCUCCACGGGGUCCACUCCGGCUGAGGGCCAAAACUGGAUUAAAUUUGCUUUUGGACCUUUGACUUGUUUGUUUUCAUGCCGGAUUAACCAAGAAA